GAGUAUUUAAAGAACAACUUCUUUUCACUAUUGAAAAAGUAAAACUCAAGGAUCAGAUCCGCCUGACCCUACAACCUAAAAUACAAAUGGUCCAUGUAUGAUGGGCACGCAGUCACCAGAGACAGAGUUAUGAAUCUCAAUUGGAUAAUUAUGCAUAACCCAUUGCCAGUAUGCUCAUCAAGCAAUCACAGUAGCAGAUUGACUAUGGUACAAAACAUUUAAACGAUGACCUCUGAAAAACAACACGUGGCAAUUACAUCGCGCGAGUACCAAACAACCCUGCGGGAUAUUUAACGUGUGAUGGGUUUGUGGAAUGUACCAUUCAUUAGUAAUUGUUAUUUGAUCAAUGCUACACUUAUAAAGAACAAAACAACACGUCCCUCUUAUUCAAUUGAUGAUUUGGAUACAGAUAUGUCUUUUGCAUAUGUCAAUAGAGAACGUUACAUUCAUAUGUAUGUUAGUAACAGAUUAGAUUUUGGACAUUUGGUUGAUCCAGAUACUUACAAUAUUAAAUUAACACAUCCGGAUUUCUAUCAAAUAUUAGAUAAUAAAUUCGAUUGGAAUAAAAGAUACAUACAUGAAAACUAUACUCUGAACUUCGAUCCGAAUCAUAAAUCUCUACAGCCGUGUCCAGAUGUUUAUUGGUUUCCUAUUGCCAAUCGACGAUUUAUUAAAGAAAUGGUCAAUAUCGUAGAAACGUAUGGUGAUUGGUCUGAUGGUACAAAUCAUGAUCCAAGAUUAUCAGGUGGUUAUGAGAAUGUACCAACUCGUGAUAUUCACAUGAAUCAAAUUAAUUUUGAAACGCAAUGGUUAUAUUUUUUAAAAGAAUAUGUUAGACCUCUACAAGAGCUAGUAUUCACGGGAUACUACCACGAUCCACCGCGCGCCCUUAUGAAUUUUGUUGUUCGAUACCGGCCAGACGAACAACCAUCAUUAAGGCCGCAUCACGAUAGUUCGACGUACACAAUUAAUAUUGCUCUUAACGAAGUUGGGGUUGACUAUGAAGGCGGUGGAUGUAGAUUUAUCCGAUAUAAUUGUUCGGUCACCAAUACGAAACCUGGUUGGAUGUUGAUGCAUCCUGGAAGACUGACACACUUUCAUGAAGGAUUAAAAGUAACCAAGGGUACUCGUUAUAUAAUGAUUUCUUUUGUUGAUCCAUGACAAGUUUAAAAUAAAGAAACUAUAAGUUUCGUUCAGAUUUCAUAAAUCUCACGAAAGACUUAUAUUUCAUGUAAUUAUAUCAAUUAAAUGUGUUCUUUUAACUUUGAAUUGAUAAUAUAAUUGUGAUACAAGAUCGUAUCAUGUAUUAUUUUUAUAAUGUUGUAUCAUAAUUGUAAAUGCACAUACUUCAUUCAUGAUAAUAAUAAUGACUGAACAUUUAUACAGAUUGAUG